UUACUUCCUCUUUCCAGAAACGCCCCCAUGAGCAGAGCAGCAGUCCUGGGACCUGAGUUAACUCCUCUCUUCCUCUGCCAUUCACAGCCUUUCUAGGGCCAGCUAGCAACUAUGGGAAAUUGGCUGGCUAGUGAGUCCUCUGGUGGGUCACCUGGCUGGUCACCUGGCCACUCACCUGGAUGGCCAGCGCACAAGCUAGACGAGUAUAUCCAGGCAAACCUCAAACCCAACGAAGGAUGUCUGAGGCAGAUAGACCAGGCUGCGGACGCCAUCUGUGCCUUCCUGCGAAGCAAUGGCAUCCCUGUGGAGGCAGUGGCGAAGGGUGGCUCCUAUGGCCGGCAAACAGUCCUGCGAGGCUUCUCCGACGGUACCCUUGUUCUCUUCAUGGGUCACUUCCAGCAGUUCCAGGAUCAGAAGAAAAACCAAUAUAAACUCCUCGAUUUGAUUGGACAACAGCUGAAAAACCAUGAGAAGUACAAGAAUUCAGUAAACCGUGGGGCCACCCUUGAAGUAGCAGUGUCCAUACAAGGGCAGAAGAUGCUCUUGCAGCUGCUUCCAGCCUUCAAUCCUCUUUGCUUCGGUGAGAACCCCAGCUCCAGGGUCUAUCGGGACCUCAAAAAAGCCAUGGAUCAAGCCGGAGCCUCGCCGGGGGAGUUCGCGGCCUGCUUCACCACACUGCAGCAGCGAUUCUUCGAACGAUGCCCCAGGAAGCUGAAGGACUUGAUCCUGUUGGUCAAGCACUGGUACCAAGAGUGCCAGCAGAAGUGGAUGGCUUCCCCGCCCCCGUCACUGUUGUACGCACUGGAGCUCCUCACUGUGUACGCCUGGGAGCAGGGCUGCCAGGAUGAAGACUUCGACAUCGCAGAAGGUGUCAGGACCGUGCUGCACCUCGUCAGGCAGUCGACAAAGCUGUGUGUCUACUGGACCGUCAACUACAACUUUGAGGAUGAGACGGUCAGGAACACCCUUUUACACCAGCUCAGGUCCCAAAGGCCGAUCAUCUUGGAUCCAGCUGACCCAACCAAUAAUGUGGGCAGAGACUAUGGGUUCUGGCAGCUGCUGACAGCGGAGGCUCAGGCCUGGCUGUCCUCUCCCAGCCUGAAUGUGUCGAGUGGGCCAUGUUGGAAUGUUCUGCCCACGCCACUCUUCAUCACACCAAGCCACUUACUAGACAAGUUCAUCGGAGACUUCCUCCAGCCUAACAAGGUCUUCCUAGAGCAGAUCAAAAAAGCCGUGGACAUCAUCUGUUCAUUCCUGAAAGAACACUGCUUCCGGUACUCAAGCACCAAUGUCCUGAAGGUUAUCAAGGGAGGAUCCAGUGCCAAAGGCACAGCUCUGAAGAAUGGCUCAGACGCUGACAUCGUUGUGUUCCUCAGUUCGCUGAACAGUUACCACUCCCAAAAAAACGAGCGUCCCCUGUUCGUCCAGGAGAUCCGGAAGCAGUUAGAAGCCUGCCAGCAGGCCUAUGAGUGGGAGGUGGAGUUCGAGAUCUCCAAGUGGGAGGCCCCCAGGGUGCUGAGCUUCACCUUGAAAUCCAAGCAUCUCAACGAGAGCGUCGACUUUGACAUCCUUCCUGCCUAUGACGCGCUGGGGCAACUGCGUUCCGGCUUCACCUCCAGGCCCAAAGCCUACAACGAGCUUAUUGAACUGUAUGCAUCACCCAGCUUCAUCGGAGGCGAGUUUUCAACCUGUUUUACGGAGCUACAGCGAAACUUCAUUGAACCUCGGCCCACCAAACUCAAGAGUCUUCUCCGCCUGGUCAAGCACUGGUACAAACAGUGUGAAAGGAAAAUGAAGGCAAAACCGUCUUUGCCCCCAAAGUAUGCCCUGGAGCUGCUCACUGUGUAUGCCUGGGAGCAGGGCAGUGGCAUGAAUGACUUCGAAACUGCUGAAGGCUUCCGGACUGUCCUGGACCUGGUCAUAAAGUACCAGCAGCUCUGCAUCUUCUGGACGGUCAACUACGACUUCCAAGACGAGCCGAUGAGGACAUUCCUCCUGACCCAGAUCCAGAAAAAGAGGCCUGUGAUCCUGGAUCCCGCAGAUCCCACAGGUGACGUGGGAGGAGGUGACCGCUGGUGUUGGCAUCUUCUAGCCAAAGAAGCGAAGGAGUGGCUGUCCUCCCUCUGUUUCCAACUGCCAGGCAGAGACCUUGAGGGACAAAGGGGCCUCGUACAGCCGUGGAGCGUGCCAGUGGUGCAGACCCCAGGAAGCUGUGGAGCUCAGAUCUACCCCACUGUAGGUGGAGGGUACUUCGAAAGACGCUUCUAGAGCGGUCUGGCAAAGAGUCCAUGUUACAAAAUGAAGCCUGUGUGCAGUCUUCCCUGGCUGUUGCCUCUCCCUCCUGCACUCCUUUAGGGUCCUGACAACAUCCUGUGUCACCACCUGGGCCAGGUGCUCCAGAUACAACCUGACUGCCACGCUUCCGUUUCUCCCCUUCCCUCCUCUGUGACUCUCUUUCUCUCUCUCUCUCUCUCUCUCUCUCUCUCUCUCUCUCUCUCUCUCUCUCUCGGUGAGGCCACCUUGCUCCUCCUCCUCUUCUCCUACGUUCUCCCACUGUCUCUCUGUCUCUCUCCCCAUUCCCCACCCCCUGCACAUUAAAUCUCUUCAUUCCAGA